AUGCUUCGGGAUCUUGAAGAGCUUCGAAUAGAAUAUUGUGGCAUAGGUGUGAUUGUUGCGAAGGAUCAAGUUUCAGAAUCUGUUACUCCUCUGUUAAAGUUUCCCAGGUUGACUUUCCUUGAGCUUUCGUCGCUUGAAAAUUUGAGGAAUUUCUAUCCACAGAAACACACAUUAGAAUGGCCACAUCUUUAUCGAUUAUCUAUUAGAAGUUGUGAUGAAUUGGAGAUAUUUGAAAAGGAAGUCUCAAGUUCAUUAGAAAUACAUGAGGAAGGGAGCUCAUUAGACUCAAAAUAUCCUCUACUGUCCCAAUGCAAGGUGUUGCUUCCAAAAUUAGAGAUAUUGCGAUUAUCUAAUUUAAUCGGUUUGAUUCCAUUGAUAUGGGAGGACCAACUUUCACACAACUCAUUUAGGAACUUGAAAACAUUGUUUGUGGAAAGUUGUGGCUUUGUGAAAUUGGUGCCCCUUCGUGUGCUGAAAUCUUUAAACAACUUGGAAGAACUAGAAGUUAGGGAGUGUGACACGUUGGAGUUGGUGUUUGAUUUUGAAGACUUGAAUGAUUAUAAAGAGGCGGAGUCAUCAUCAGUGAUUGUGCCACUGAAAAAGUUAACGCUAUGUGGAUUGCAAAAAUUGAAGAAUGUGUGGAGCAAUCACUAUAAAGGAGACGUCUCCUUCCCAAGUCUAAGGAGCGUGCAUGUUUCCUAUUGUGAAAGCCUCACUAGUCUGUUUCCCGCAUCUAUAGCCAAAGGCAUGCUUCGUGAUCUUGAAGAGCUGCGAAUAGAAUAUUGUGGUAUGGAUGUGAUUGUUGCGAAGGAUCAACUUUCAGAAUCUGUUGCUCCUCUAUUAGAGUUUCCCAAGUUGACUUUCCUUAAGCUUUCUUCGCUUAAAAAUUUGAGGAGUUUCUAUCCACAGACACACACAUUGGAAUGGCCACAUCUUUAUCGAUUAUCUAUUAGAAGUUGUGAUAAAUUGGAGAUAUUUGAAAAGGAAGUCUCAAGUUCAUUAGAAAUACAUGAGGAAGGGAGCUCAUUAGACUCAAAAUAUCCUCUACUAUCCCAUGGCAAGGUCACUUAUAAUUUGGAGAAGCUGACAUUAAUGGGUAAAGGAGCUGAGGUGAUAGGGAGUGGCCAGCUUUCAAUGUACUGCUUCCCCAAAGUAAAAGUGCUUUAUCUACAUGUUGGUUAUGAUGAAUCAAAAAGUAUUUCAUACAAAUUGUUGAAGAGCUUUCCAAAUUUAGAGGAGCUGAGACUGCGGGGUCACAUUAAGGAGGCUUUGGGCGGAGGGGAUGAUGCUCAUCUCCCAAUAAAAUUGAGUCUUGAUGAAAUUUACAAUAUCACAAGCUUGGUACCGCUCUUAGUUUCUCCACCAAAUCUCACACAUCUCCACAUGGUAUCUUGUUAUGAGUUGACCACUUUGAUGACAUCAUCAGUUGCUCGAAGCUUGGUCCAUCUCACAAGUCUCUCAAUUAGCAACUGCGAUGGAAUAGAGGAAAUUAUAUGGAAGGAGGAAGGAGAGGAUGAUGACGAUGAGGAAUUCGUUUUCAGCAAGCUGCAGCAUUUGAAAGUUGAACGAAUGCCCAAAAUUCGAAGUAUUCUCUCCUGGACUCAUUGA